CAGGCCGGCAGCGGACCGGUUCGGGGCGAUGACGGUAACGGAGCAGACCCGACUCCCUCUCGCGGCGUCGCCGGGCCGCCUUUCGCCGAGACGAGCGCCGGCUUGAUUUUGGCGCGGCGCCUCGCGCGCCUCGCGCGAGCCGCGAUUGGGUAGUCUCGCUAGUGUCGCGCGCAGACCCGGACUGCGAGCCCGGUCGGCCGGCCGACGGUGCUACGACCGCUCGCGACCGCCAUGGACGAGUCCGGAAUCGACAUGGGCUUCGACCUGGCCGCCCUGACCAGCGAGGACUUCGAGCUCGAGUACAACGACGAGUUCGAGCAGGCGCUCUCGCUGCUCUCCAGCUCGCAGGACUUCAUGUACUACGAGCUGAAGAGCCGCGCGCCCGACACCGGCAGCCCGCCCACCUUCAAGACCGCGACUCCGACCUCGCGGACCCAACUGAAGCUGCAGCUGAUGCGAGAGCAGCUGCAGGAGCAGGAGAGACGAGAGGCCGAGCUGCGGCAGAGCCUGCAGCACCAGAGGCCCCAGGCGGCGCUCCCCAGGCCGGUCCCGCCCACACCUCUGCCGACUAUUGGCGUAGACGUGCCGCCCCAGGUCCUCCAGGUGCGGACCUUGCUGGAGAACCCUACGAGAUACCACGUGGUGCAGAAGCAGAAGAACCAGGUGCGGCAGUAUCUGCAUGAGUCGUUCCGCGGGGCGGACGACGCCGCGGCCAGAAACAGGGACGGCGACGGCAAGGGUGAUGUGGACGAGGACGGGGACGAGGACUGCUGCGAGGAGGAGGCCGUCUCCGCUCUGGUCGGGACGGUGCCCAUGCCGAGCGCGGUCCGCAGCGCUCCGCCCGGGCCGGCCGCUCGCGAUCCGCCUCGCAAGCCGGUCCACCCGCAUCUGGCCUCCUACCCGCAUGGACCGCUCGCCGCGCUGGCGCUGGCCGAUAGCCCGGACUCCGCCGUCCCGAAGCCCGCGCCCCCUAUCUUGCCCAGUGCGCUGCCGAGUGCGCUACCAGGCGCGCUGCCAGGCGCGCUGCCGGGUGCGCUGCAAGGCGCGCUACCCGGCCCGCCGCCCAACACCCUGCCAACCGGCGCCGUCUCGCCGGGACUCUCCAGCGUCACUACCAGCAACUCCGAGGCGGAGGAUCUGCUGGAGGACAUUUUGUCUUUCGAGGCCGGCUCCUUGGGAGACAGUCUGAAAGACGGUCAGAGCGGAAGUCUUUCGGACCUCCAGAUAAAACCGGAGCCGCUUCUUCUGACGGACGCGGAGAUUCACGCCCUGGCCAAAGACCGGCAGAAGAAGGACAAUCAUAACAUGAUCGAACGCCGAAGGAGAUUCAACAUCAACGACCGGAUCAAGGAGCUCGGUACUCUGCUACCUAAGACCAACGAUCCCUACUACGAAAUCGUGAGGGACGUCAGGCCGAACAAGGGUACGAUCCUUAAGUCUUCGGUGGACUAUAUCAAGCUGCUGAAGAACGAGCUGUCGCGGAUGAAGCAGAGCGAACACAGACACAAACAGCUGGAGCACCAGAACCGCAGGCUUCUGCUUCGGGUCCAAGAGUUGGAGCUGCAAGCCAAGGCUCACGGAUUACCGGUCUCGGAUUUCGGCUGGACGGGCGGAGGUGGUGGAGGCACCGUCUCCAAGAGCAAGCCCGAACAACGGAAGAUUCCGGACGUGUUCGCGGAGGAGUCGCCGGCUCUGAGCAUGUCGCAGCUGGAAGAUCUGAUGGAGGACGACGUGGGGGGUCCGGUCCACGGAGGCGACCCGAUGCUGUCGUCUCCACACCUGGCACCUCUGAGUCCACCUGCGGCCGCCUGCCAUCACCCACUGCCCGACGAGGACACCCUCGGCAGUCUGGGCAGUUUAGCUCCCACCAUCUCCAACUCCUCCUCGGACAUGGACAUCGCCGCGUAGCGAAUGGCCCCCUUUGUUCGCGAUCGCCCAAAGACAAGGGAUGUAAGGGGACAUGAAAGGCUUGACUGCCUCUUCCAAGAGACGGGGCCGACCUUGGUGGCCCAUUGGUCGUGCGGUAGGCUGAUCCGUACCAUGUAUCACCAUAAGAGUCCGGCGAUGAUCUCCUAACAGCCUCUACGACGAGACGGAGGAGGGACCUCGUCGAUGACCCAGACGAAAGGUCCCGUCUCGAUGUCAGAGGGGCCUUCUUAGAAGUCAGCGAUCGGUGCUUUCUCUACUCCAAGGGCGAAAAUCGAGGCCUUUCGACUUUCGACGGAGCAUGGGAGUCCUUAUGUCCCCAGGUCCGAUCUUGCGUCGACGUCGAAGGCGAGGAGAACGGCUCAACACCCACGGAGCACGACGUUGCAACCACCCAUGUAAUACUCCAGCAUUGCUAGUCAACUGGUUACACUUCCAAUAUUACGACAAAGCCGAGCAGGCUGCAAGCGACGGCAUUUCGUCCGACGUAAAAAUUCCUAUACGUUUAGUUAUAUCAUGUAUAUACGGGAAACGAGCAGAGUAACCAGUCUUGCAACGUCCACGUCCGUUAACGUGGCUCCUUGGAAAUUGUGCAAACGGUGCAUGAUUCAAGCGUAAUGAACGCGUUCCAAAAAUGAUACCGAAAGCACCAGCUGACAGAACCCGGGAUACAUCGUCUGUCCGCCUUUCUCGGCCAGGGAAUUUCCUUUGUUCUUACGCUCCACUAGCAAUGUGGGAGUAUUGCGUACGUCGCAUGUGCCGAACACCUAACCUAACAGCGGGGACCGAGAAGCGGCGAUAUGAAAGGGAAACGACGAGCGAGAUAGUUACGGUCAUUCAAUUAGCUCUGGUCUAAAGGGCGCUUCUCGACUCGGAUGUCGGCUCGCGGGUCGAUUAACGUUUUCUUUCCGUCCACUGUGUCGUUGACGUCGACCGCCGGUCGUUGCGUCGUUAAUCUCGCCCUCGAGGAGCGUCGAUCGCGGCGCGUCGCCGGGUCGGGGGCAAAACCGCUCGAGUGCCUAUUCAUAGAUUAUAAUAUGACUUAAGAAGUGUUACCUACGAGCAAGUAUAUUUUUCCAAGUAUUUUACUGGAUCGUAGAUGACAGUGGCAGUAGCACACUUUGCCUGGGAAACGUGUACACCUGUUCCGUUCCUCGUGUAAUUGCGUCAUGCAUGUAAAUAGGCGUGCGCGACCGCAAAGUGGAACGAGAUGCGAGUACGAUUCGAAUCGUACGUGUGUACGUGUACUUGUGUGUAUGUUCACGGGUGUUUGCGCGCGUGGUGUACGCAUGAAACAGCGAGAAAACGAAGAAAGAAUGGAAUUACGGAGACGGAGUCGUUAAAGUUUUAUAGUUUAUUCGUAAUGCCCUAAUUGUUACCAUUAAUGUUAUCAUUAAUGUUACCGGUGUGAUGAGUUCAUUGCAACCGUUACUACUGUAGUCCUCGUCGGUCUCUGACCGGCACAAAGCGAUUGGUAUUGCAAUAGAUGUCGAUAUCGGCGCAGAUCCGGAAGAGAAAUGCGACGACAUCGGUAGUUCCAACCAUCGAUCAUGGUUGUCGGUGUGCCAAAUUUUCGUCCACGCGAGCCCCGGCAAGGCCGCUGAAGAAAUAACACCGGAAAUUGCUUCCUUGCAUCGUGUUUUUUAUUCUCGAUGAAGCUGCAGACACCCUGUUAUCUUUCUCCUUUGACAUGGCAGGCGAUCUGUCGAGAAGAAGUGUAAUACUUGCGAUUGGACAUUUUUAGGACACCCUUGCCCCCAGCGACAAUUCGUAGGCACAAUGACUGAAGAAUCUUGGAUAGACUGUGCAUGUCUGGAGGAAGAAAUUGAAGGGGCGGACAACAAUACAGACUUUAGACUCUUGUUGAAAUGCGUGCCUAUCUGAUGUUUACCACUGAAUUAUUGACCAGAGCUCACUUGUAUGUCGGUGAAAGUUUAUACGCGGGUUUCUAAUUGUAAGUAUGGCGAAGCAACUGGUUGCAUGAGCGAUACCCCGGUACUUGAGAGGAUAUGGCUGAAACAGUGUUAAUCGGUCAUGACCGAUAUAUUAUUUGAAAUAUCGUUGCUCCGUCGAUCUUUUCUUUUUGUUGGGUCCGUAGCGUCCGUUAUUAAGAAUAAACGUGUACAUAUCUUUUGAAAGACAUGUAUCUCAUAGGUAGAUAUCUAUCGAGACCUUAGGCUAUAAAACCUCCACGUUUCAGUAAAAGAAAGAAAUACUGUUUCCAGAAAUACACAGUUACAAAGAA